UCUCCUUUGCUUAGCAUUUGUCUUGAUAACUGGAUAUUAUUUUUCCUAUUUUUCCAUUUCUUUCUGAUCUAUAAUUAAUGAAAAGUAUAUCUUUUGCGUUUUUUGCAUAUUUAGGUUGUAUUUUGGUAGCCGCUCUAGAAAAUGUAAUGAUAUCGGACAUAAAUGAACAAGAACAUCAAGUGGUAGAGUUAUUUGAAAAUGAAAGACCAUUAAGAUUGAGAAAGAUAAGGGGUUCUAAAGGUACUUGGAAUAGUAGAUUCAAUAAGGAUUCUAAUAUGGAUUACUUUGAAAAUUAUCCGGGAGUUGAUUAUUUUAGAAAAGAUGAUUAUGAAACUUUUCUUCCUGAAGACUAUCCUCAAGAUAACCAAUGGGUUGAGGAAAUUACCCAGAAGAGGGCGGUUACGGUACAGCUGGUUAAGAGGCAAGCAGCAGGACAAGCAGUAGGAAAUGAUGAGAUUAAGGAGGAACACAUUUUGAGUUUAAUUGUGAAAAGUGAUUAUAGUAAUAAUGAUAAAUGCAAGGAAAAGCUCGAAGAAUAUUGUGCUGAAUUGAAGAAAAUAGAUGAAAAAUUAGAGAAUGUGGAUGCUAAAGUUAAAGAACUUUGUAAAGAUGGAAAACAAGGAGAAAAAUGCAAAGAAUUAAAGAAAAAACUUGAAACUGAAUCGGGUACUUUUAAAACAGAAGUUGAAGAAGCAUUGAAUGGUCUAACAGAUGAGAAUUAUAGAAAAUGUGAAAAAAAAUGUCUAUUAUUAGAAAAUCUGGAUAAAGAUUUUAUAGAGAAGUGUAGUCAGUUGAAGAAUAAAUUUUAUAAAAAAAAGCGUCAAGAGGUAGCAGAAGAAAUUCUUUCUAGAGCUCUUGAAGUGGUGGGGGAGAGGGGGGGGGUUAAUGAUACAAAUAAAUGUGAAGAAAGAAUAAAAGGAAUUUGUCAAAGAUUAAGUGAAUAUAGUGAUGAAUUAAUGUUUUCAUGUCUUAAUCCAAAUGAGACGUGUAAAAGACUCAAAGACAGGCUGGAAAAUGUUUGCCAUUUAAUAAAAAAAUCACUUCAAAAUAAUGAAUUAAUAGAAAAAUGCCCAGAAUAUCUUGAAAAAUGUCAUUUUUACAGUAAAAAUUGCAACGAAACAAAAUGUAAAGAGGUUAAGGAACACUGUAAGAGUAAAAAAAUUACAUACAAAACUCAAGAAUCAGAUUUUAACCCAAUUAAAGCAAAAGCAUCAUUUUUAGAGAAGAUUGGACUGGAAGAUCUUUAUAAAAAAAUGGAAAGUAAAGGAAUUAUUAUUAGAAAACUACAAAAGAAGACGUUGCAGGAUGUAAUAAUAUUGUUGAGUAAAGAAAAUAAUGGAAAAGAUAGAGAAGAAAAAUGCAAAGAAGAGUUAAAAAAUUGUGAUAAAUUUAAAUAUCUAGGUAUUAACCUAGAACUUUUAUGCAAAGAGAGUAAAAAUAAGGACAAGAAAUGCAAAGAAUUACUGGAUUUGAAAAUCAGAUGUCGAAAACUUAAAUUUAAACUUUUCUUUGAAAAAUUAUCUACGGAAUUUGAAGAAGAUAAAGAUUCAAGCCUUUUUUCAUGGCAAGAGCUUCCAAGUUUCUUUACUAUCGAAGUUUGUAUAGAACUUGUGUCGGAAUGUUUCUAUUUAGAAAAUUUAUGUACGAAUAAAAUUGAUAAAGCAUGUGAAAAUGCGAGACUAGCAUGCUAUAAAAAGGGACAACAUAGGAUAUUGGAUAAAGCAUUUGAUAAUUACAUUAAAAAAGAAUAUGAUGAUGGUGUUUUUGGAAAUAUGUGUUCUAAAACUCUUUUAAUAAACCAUCAUAAAUUUAAUUAUGAUAUAAGAUACGUUAUAAAGUUUCUUCGAUUACGUGAAUAUUGUUUAGAACUUUUUUUUGAUGUUUCUCAUAAUUUGGAAGAAUUAAAAAAAGCUUUGAAUGAUGCAAGAAAACAUCUACAAGAAAAAGAUUGCAUUGAACUGAAGAAGCGCUGCAAUUAUCUUAGAAUUUAUUCAAAUGUUAUUGAUAGAAAAUGUUAUAUGCUGGAUACACGCUGUAGAUAUUCAAAACUUAUAAGAGAAUUUAGAACGAAUCUUUUAAAAAAAAAAAGUAAUAUAUUAGAAAAUCAAAACAAUUGUAAAAAGGCUUUGAAGGAAGAAUGUGAUAGGUUAAUUAGGAGAGGAGAGAAUGCAUUUAAUAUUUUGUGUGUUUUACUAGAAGAAACAUGUGAAUUUAUGGUAAAACUGACUAAAGGUGAUUGUGCUUCUUUAUCAAUUAACUUAUCGGAAGAUGUUAUAAAUAAAAUUAAAAAUGCAAAUGAAACAUUGAUUGAAGAAAUGUGCAAAUUAUGGGAUCCAUAUUGUGACCAAUACAUGGAAAAUUGUCCAGAAAUCUUAAAAAAUGAUCCCACUAGCAAUGGACAGGGGGUCUGUUUACAACUCAAAAAGAAAUGUGAUCCAUUCUGGAAAAAGCUGCAAUUGGAGGAAGAGUUGAUAUAUAAAUUGAAAAGUAGUUUACAUAGUCUAAUUAAAUGUAAAGAAACAUUAAAAGAGUAUUGCACUAAAUGGGAAGAAGAAAAGAAUCAAACAUUCGAUAGUGCAUGUAAUGAUAAAAAUGAUCCAAGUAAUUAUUUUAAGAAGACAGAAGUUUGCGAUGAAUUAAUUAAAAAAGUAAUCAAGAAAUGUCCUGCUUUAAAAAAUAAUCUAGAUAAACUGAAAAUCGAUUUAAAGAAGAAGAAAGACAACUACGAGAAGAUGAAACAGGAAGCAGAAAAUUCUAUUAAGAAAGCUAACUUACUGUUAUUAAGACCCAAGAAAAAUGAAAAUGGACAAAGUGCAGUAUCAAUUCUACAGAAUAUCAAUGCUUUUACGCCGGCAACACCCUCAGCAGCACCAGCAGAAUCAGCUUCUUCACAAGACAGAACGACAAAUACAACGAAACUUAGAUUUCUUCAGAGAACAUUUGCAGAUGAAAGGAUAUCAGAAUCAGAAGUAAAAGCCUUUGAUGCAACGGUAAUAGCAUUGGAAUUGUAUUUAGAAUUGAAAGAAGAGUGUAAAGCUCAACAACCAGACUGCGAUUUUAGAAAGGUAUGUCAGAACUUCGGAACAGUUUGUGAAGAUAUAGAGAAGUUGUGUGAGAUAAAACCAUUAGAAGUUGCGCCUUAUCAUACAAUGACAUCAACAAUGAUAUCAAUAUCAACAACAGCAGCAAUAUCAACAAUAACAACAACGCUGACAACGCCAACGGCAGCGAUAUUGACGAUAGCGGCAACGACAACAACAACGACAACAACAACAACAACGACAACGACAACGACAACAAUGACAAUGACAAUGACAACAAUAAAAGGAGGAAAAGUAAUAGAACAAUGUACAUUAAUUCGAACUAUAAAUACAUCGGUGACAAGUACAUCCUUACAUACGAGUACGGUGACAAGUACAUCCUUACAUACGAGUACGGUGACAAGUACAUCCUUACAUACGAGUACGAUGACAAGUACAUCUACACUAACAUCUACGGUGACAUUGAAGGAAAAAUGCAAUCCUACAAGAUAUGCAACAGAUUCAAGUAAAGAAACAAAAAUGAGGGAAGAAGUGAUACCAGGUGGAGGAAUGAAAAUAAGAGUUCCGGAAAUGAUAAAAAUCAUGUUGUUGGGAGUGAUUGUUAUGGGAAUGUUGUAA